UGAACAUCGAGUGAUGCACUGCGGUGGUAUUAGGUUCUCGAUGCGGAUUUUUCAGCACCAGCGGCCAAUCAGCAGUGACAUGUCGUGGAUGGAUGCAAAAUUAGCCUACUAUAUAAAGCUGAGGGCAUGGGGGUAGCACUCUCAAUCGCGCGUGUCGUCUACGUCGGAUAGCAAAGUGUACAUUUGGUUCCUUCAUCAUGGCGAUGGACCUGAAGCCUGCAGAGAAAGACACUGUGGAUUUUGCCUUCGAGGUAUUCAACGAAGGUGGAACCCUAGAUGCCAGCACGUUGCCUCAGUUGGUAUACUGUUGCGAUGUGAAUCCAAGCAUUGAUACUCUCGAGAAAAUGGGAUAUGUGAAAAAACAUGGGGAGAAGAAAUUCAAGUUGGACGAACUCUAUCCAAUCGUAGCGCAACUGAAGAAGGAAGUCAAGGAUCAAGGUUGUUACGAUGACUUUGUAGAGUGCUUGAAAUUGUACGAUAAGAACGAAAAUGGCCUCAUGCUGGUUGGAGAGCUGAGUCACUCAUUUAUGACAUUAGGUGAAAAAAUGACAGAAGAACAAGUCGAUGAGUUGUUCGAAGACUGCUUAGAUGAAGAGGAUGAUGAUGGACAGAUAUCUUAUAUCCCAUUCCUGAGGAGAAUGUGCUCCCUGGACCCCCCUCUGAAGAAGAAAAAGUAGGAUUAUCCGUUUCAGAUAAUAUGUAAGUUUAAGAAAUAUUCACAUGUUAAGAGAUAAGUACUGUACAGAAACAUAUAAAAUAAAAAUUGCACAGAUAAGCCACAUUGUUUCGCAAUA